AUGCUCUCUACAUUAGUGGGCAAUGGCGAUACGAAUGUUACAUUAACUGAAACAAACACAAGUCCUACUAAGGAUAAUUCAAUAGUACAAAAACGUUCUGUUAGUUGUAGAACUGCACCGAAUAUUGCUCUUAUUAAAUAUUGGGGUAAACGUAAUGAUGAGUUGAUAAUACCGGAAAAUUCUUCGUACAGUAUAACAUUGAGUGAGGAUGAUUUAUGUACACAUACAACAAUCUCUAUGUCACCUGAAUACAAAUGUGAUACAUUUUAUUACGAAAAUGUUAAACAAAAAGAAAUUCCAAAAAGAAUGCAACAUCUUCUAGAUGAGAUACGUCGUCGAACAUCGAAACGAAAAUUGGAUAACGAUCAUUUUUCAUAUUUAAAUUGGUCUGUUGAAAUACAUUCUCAUAACACAUUUCCAUCGUCGAGUGGUCUUGCAUCAAGUGCGUCCGCUUAUUCAAGUAUAGCUAUUGGUUUAUCAACAUUAUUUGAAGAUACUGAAGAUGGUACUAUUACUCCAACAUGUUCCUAUUUAGCUCGUAUUGGCUCCGGCUCAGCUAUUCGUAGUUUAUACGGUGGAUUUGUUCAAUGGUAUCAUAAAGAUCCAGCAUUAUCCGAAUGCAUGUAUCCAGCUGAACAAUGGCCUGAAUUAAGAAUUGUUAUUCUAGUAUUUAAUUCAAAAACAAAACCCAUUUCAUCAACAGAUGCUAUGAAACGUACAACACAAACAUCAUCAUUAUAUAAAGAAAGAUUAAAAACUAUUGACGAGAAAAUUGAACAACUAAAUUUGGCAAUAAAAAAGAGAGAUUUUGAAAAUUUUUCAAAUAUUGUUAUGCGUGAUAGUAAUCAAUUUCAUGCCGUAUGUAUGGACACUUAUCCACCUGUAAUGUAUUUAAAUGAUCAAUCAAAACAUUUCAUACAACUCGUACACGAAUAUAAUAAUGCAAGCAAAAUAACAAAAGUUGCUUAUACAUUUGAUGCUGGUCCAAAUCCAUUUUGUUUUAUUCUUCAACAACAUUUAGAUGAAUUUCUUGAUUUAAUUAAAUAUUUUUAUCCUGCUCAAACUCAACAUCGUUUUCAUGAUCAAAUAAAAACAAUGAAAUUAAAUCGAAUUCCGACAAUGUGUGCUGAAACAGUGAAUAACAUUGACAAUAUCAUCAAAAAUAUUAAACAACCAAUUCAAUCAGGAAAAUUAGAACAAGUUAUUUUAACGAAAAUUGGUACAGGACCGAAAAUAGUCGUCCAAAAAACAGAUGACACUUUAGCUACCAGCUCAUUAUAG